AUUCAGAGAUUUAUUAUGGGUUUCAUUUCUACAUUUUUCUUUUUCAGUAGCAGUCUGGCAGAUGCUGUGAAUUCGUUCUGACAUUACAUUGGACAAUCCACCACGCUCACUCAAAAUGUCGUUUUCCCGGUUACCUAGAGGAACCCAAUUAUUUUCUUGCAAUAAAGUCCCUCUUUGUCAAGUUCCCUUUUUAUCCAGGCACCAGCUUGAUGCUGUGGGUUCAAAGUACAAUUAUUUUGGAAAGAUAUACAGCCCAGCAUGUGGGUUUAACUCUCGGGGUUUCAUGUCGAAUUAUGGAUAUAAAUUGAGGAAUUGUACUCUGCAAGAGUCAUAUUCUAUCAAUUAUGGUCGGCAUUAUUCUACACAUGCUACCACAGAAAAGAAAUCGAAGAAGAUGCUUUUGUACUUGACUGGGUUAGUCUUUGCUAUGGUGGGGUGUAGCUAUGCUGCGGUUCCUUUAUACAGGAGAUUUUGUCAAGCUACUGGUUAUGGGGGCACUGUUCAGCGUCGGGAGAGUGUUGAAGAAAAGAUUGCCCGUCAUGCAAAGGAUGGAACUUUCACGUCCAGGGAGAUUGUUGUGCAGUUCAAUGCUGACGUAGCUGACGGGAUGCCCUGGAAGUUUAUUCCAACACAGAGAGAGGUAAGGGUCAAGCCAGGGGAGAGUGCCCUUGCAUUUUACACUGCUGAAAAUAAAAGUUCAACUCCAAUAACUGGGGCUGCCGUUUACUUUAAUAAAAUACAGUGCUUUUGCUUUGAGGAGCAACGACUUCUCCCCGGAGAACAGAUUGACAUGCCAGUUUUCUUUUACAUUGACCCAGAGUUCGAAACAGAUCCAAAGAUGGAUGGCAUCAACAAUUUGAUUUUGUCAUACACAUUUUUCAAGGUUUCUGAAGAGAAUUAGCCUUGCCUUGUCUUUACAUUCAGAUUAGUUGCCUUCACCAACUGUUGUUUCUUUUGGAAGAAAGAAUAGGUCAAAUAGACUAUUUUGCUACAUGAAAUCAGAGAGAAGCCUCUGCUUGUAGUAGAUAAAUUUGUUGGAAAAAGGGAAAUNA